AUGCACACAAUUUUUCAUCUCGUAUCAUCAUUGCCCUUGUUCUUCUUAUCGAUUUCACGACUAGCACUUUACAUCCCCAAGCCAACCAAGACUAUUAUAGAACAAAAGUAUGCCUAUGACACCAAUAGAUUAAUCCAUUUCACCGUUAAAACAGUUCAAAUAUCAAAUCCCCGCUUGGGGGCCUACAGCCUAAACAGACACACACGAGUAGUGGCCUGGCCAAGUUUAGGGCAUUUCCGGGUAGAAAUGGCCCCCAAUCACGCUAUCUGCACAUGGUCAUUCGGUUUCAAUUUCCCACACCCACAAUUUUGGCCUGGAGAUAUUGCUAGCGAAAUCUGA